AUGUCAAGAGAAAAGAGAAUAAUGAAGGAGAUGCAAGCCAUCAAAGAAGACCCGGAGGCCAACAUUGGCUUGCAAUUCGUGAACGAAGGCGACAUUCAUCUUAUGAAAGGGUCAUUUCUUGGACCUCCAGGAACACCUUACGAGGGCGGUAAGUUCAUGGUUAACAUAGAGGUACCCAUGGAGUACCCUUUCAAGCCACCCCUGAUGAAAUUCGACACAAAAGUGUAUCACCCUAAUAUUUCUUCUGUGACGGGAGCAAUCUGUCUGGAUAUUUUGAAGAACGCAUGGUCCCCGGUGAUUACUUUAAAAUCGGCUCUUAUAUCAUUACAAGCAUUACUUCAGUCUCCAGAACCCAACGAUCCCCAAGACGCGGAAGUUGCGCAACAUUUCAUUAAAGACAAAGAAUCUUUCAACAAAACGGCGGCUCUGUGGACUAAAACAUAUGCAUGUGCUCAUUUACAAGGAGAACCUGCAGAUGUUGAUGAGGCCUCACUUUAUGGGAUCGAUAACGCUCUCAUCGAACAAUUCAUGGCAUUGGGUUUCACACGGUCAAAAAUUAUUGAGGUGGUAAGGAGACUAGGAAUAAAAACUAUGUCUCCGGGCGACAAUGAAACGGUCAAUAAAAUAUUAGAACAGCUUGUAAGAUGA